AUGCUGCUGUACGUGUUGGUCCUCAUGGCGUAUCGCAGCAGCAGAUGGAUGCCCAGGAAGCAGAGACUCAACUUCCAAAUAAUCAACGUGCUGUUCACAGCCCUCGUGGUGGUCCCUCAGCUGUACGUCAUCGCCAGGCCCAAAUCGUCAAGAUACUGCAAGCAGCCUUUGGUGAACAACAUGUCAGCGUCCAUCGCCCUGUCACUCAUCGCAUCAGGGUUUUCGGUGGUCUUCACCCUAAUCGAGACAGUUCCUCAGGGCUUGUGGGCGUCCUUCCAGGUGUUUGGAUUGCUGUCAUUGGGACACGCAGCGUGCAGUGCCAUCUUGACGCUGACUGCGUCCGCAUGCGCCGCAACCACACCCGAGCUGUACCACAUGUCUAUGUUCCUUUCGCUGGCUUCCAUUCUGAGCACAGGUGCACUUGUGGUCAAAGAGUCCUGUGCUUGA